AUCCAAGUCCAUAUCCUACAUAUAUUCUUCACCCCCUUAUAAAUAUUUAUCUUACAAAGUGUGUGUAUGCAUGCAAAGCAUAAACAUAAAAAACAAACUCUGUUUAGCUCUAAUUUACAACUUCAAUGGCUGCUGCUUCUUCUGCUUCCAACUCAAUGGACGAAAUGACACCGGAACUUGACCUUCCCGGUUUCCGAUUCCAUCCUACUGAAGAAGAACUUCUCGAUUUCUAUCUCAAAAACAUGGUCAUGGGGAGCAGAUUACGCUUUGACAUAAUUGGUUUUCUCAAUAUCUACCGCCAUGAUCCUUGGGACUUGCCUGGAAUGGCAAAGAUUGGUGAAAGAGAGUGGUACUUUUUUGUGCCAAGGGACAGGAAGCAUGGCAGUGGAGGAAGGCCAAACCGAACUACAGAAAAGGGGUUUUGGAAAGCAACGGGUUCCGACCGGAGAAUCGUGAGCUUAUCGGAGCCAAAGAGGAUCAUUGGGUUGAGGAAGACACUUGUUUUUUACAAAGGAAGAGCUCCAAGAGGAAGCAAGACCGAUUGGGUCAUGAACGAGUAUCGUUUGCCUGAUAAUUGCCAAAUGUUAAAGGACAUAGUAUUGUGCAAGGUGUAUAGGAAAGCAACUUCCUUGAAAGUGUUGGAACAGAGGGCAGCAAUGGAGGAAGAGAUGAAGAACUUUCAUGCUUCCCCUGCGUCAACUCCAUCUCCAUUAACGGAAACCUUCUCGUUCUGCGGCACAAUGGAAGCGGAUCCAACUCCGCCGCUGCCGCUGCCGAUGCCUUCGCAUCAAAUGGUUUUGAAGAAGGAAGCAGAAGAAGAAGUAGCACUUGUAGAAGAUGAAAAAGUUGAGAAAGAAAUGGAUCAGCUUAAAGGGUCUUCACAAACUUUGCAAUUACCAUUAGGGAAGAACAAAUUGCCAGAGAUUCAGGUCCCAAAGAUGACCAUGGAUUGGAACCAAGACCCAUUUUGGACACAAUUAAGUAGCCCUUGGCUCCAAAAUUUAACCCCCUAUGCCAACAUUCUCAAUUUCUAGCUGGCUCAAAAGUACUCUACAAUAUGCACAACUAGUGUGAAAAUGCCAAGGGCAGAAAAUAAACUUUGGUCUUUGUAGAUAAAUUUUGUUUCACAACUUUAAUUAUGACAUUUUGUCACCUCUUGAAAGCUCGCUUUUGAAGCUUCUAGCUGAGUGUAAACAAGGGUGGCUCUGAGUCCGUGACCUA